GGCCGGAGCGCCUCGCUCCUGCAAACUCGAAGUGAGAGAGGGAGAGAGGCGUCAAAUUAGAAAGGUAUUUUUUCGAUCAAUCAGGUUUCUGAUCAAAACAACUACAGCGCAAAUACUUGAACUUGUUUCCAUACAGAAGUAGACCACGCUUGCUUCUUUUAUGGGUUGUGCGUUUGUAAAACAAGUCAAGCAUGCUCCUGGUUAUGAGGAGUCCACUCUUCUUGCGUAUGAGACAGCAUUCACUAUCAAAGAAGUGGAGUCACUGUAUGAAUUGUUCGAAAAAAUAAGCCACUUAAUAUUCAAUGAUGGGUUUAUUCACAGGGAAGAAUUCCAGUUUGUUCUCUUCAAGGACAGUAACAAGCGCAAUUUUUUCGCAGACAGGAUUUUUGACUUGUUUGAUAUCAAAGGAAAUGGUGUCAUCGAGUUUGGGGAGUUUGUUAGAUCUCUCAGCAUAUUCCAUCCCUAUACAUCACAAGAUGAAAAAAUAACAUUUGCUUUCAAAAUAUAUGACUUAAAAAACACUGGUUAUAUUGAAAGAGAAGAGUUAAAGGAAAUGGUGCUUGCUCUUUUAAACGAGUCAGAUUUGUUUCUUACAGAUGAUGUUGUUGAAACAAUUGUUGAUCAGACAUUCAAGCAAGCAGAUUUGAACUGUGAUGGAAAAAUAGAUCCCACGGAAUGGAAGGAGUUUGUAAAGAAAAAUCCAUCUUUGCUCAAGAAUAUGACUCUUCCAUAUUUGAUGAAAAGCUUGGUGAUUUUCUCUUGUUGGGAUUCUUUGAUGUUGUUGAUCAUGUUGGUGAGACCUGCGAUGCUUUAUGAUGCCGAAUGUUGGCCAUUAAAAGAGAAGCAUAAUACUAAAUUUAGUGUUGUAGAGAUGAGGAUGCUCGGAUGGAUGAGUGGGUUUAACCUUAGAGACAGGAUAUGAGAUGAGCAUAUACGUGAAAGGUUGGAGUAGCUCCAGU